GCUUGGCGCGGGCUUUGGAUGUUCGUCAAGUCUUCUGCUUAGUGGCCUGAGCUUUAGCUAAUAUUAUUAGUAUUUAUACUCAGAACCCAUCAGUGCACUAUUAGCCCAGUUAUUCUAAAGCCUGCAUCGAUCAGCUCAUGGAUGAUGGUUGAUUAAUGUGGAAUAAGGUUUAACAGCGAGCUAUAAGAUACAGCAAUCUCAAAGUGGCUCCCCAAAAAACUCUGCUCAAGACAGGUCCGAGAUGGAGGAUAUGGAGGUGGAUGUGCAGCUGAGAGCUACAGAGUCAGUUGGUUCUGUUGGUCUGGAAGUUCCCAUCGUAAUCCCUAACUCUGGGAGCAGUACGGAAGUGGAAGAGGAUGAAGAGGCUGAUGGGAGAGCUGAAGGAGGAGGCAUGGCUCCUGUUAACAGGCCACGGCUCGCAACAACUCAGAUUGUCAGGAGAAGGAGAGCAAGAGCAGGCCUGCGGUUCCAGUACGCCACACAGACUACACAUUUGAGCAGAAGCCCUUUAAACUUUCUGCUUAGGGUGUCAACGGGAAGUGACACAGAGCCUCUUUCAGGUAGCACAGACGAGGUGAGCGACUCUGAGGAGGAAAGACAGAAUGGAGAGACCUCAGGUCCGAUACCGGCUGCAAACGUUACAGCUAUACUGCGCAACAGCCAGCCUGCUUCUCUGGUCACCCCUCCUCUUCAACAGUCUGGUGCAGCAGAGCCUACUGUUUCUUCUGAAGCUGACAGGGCUGAACCUCUAGUUCAGCCUGAGGACAGGGCUGAUUCAUCAGCCACAGAGGCCACUGAAAGCGCUUCUCUUUUGGCUGCUGUGGCCGACAACGAUGGAGACGGAGAGACCUGCUCUAUAUGUUUUGAACCUUGGACCACGUCCGGUGAACACCGUCUGGCCACGCUGCGAUGUGGCCACUUGUUCGGCUUCGCAUGUAUUGACCGCUGGUUGAAGGGCCAAGGGGCCAAAUGUCCUCAGUGUAAUAAAAAGGCAAAGCGGUGUGAUAUAGUCUUGCUGUAUGCACAUAAACUGAGGGCAGUGGACAACACCGAGCAUGAGAGUUUAAAGAGAUCUUUGGAACAGGAGCAGAGUUUGCGGAGGAAGGCAGAGCUGGAAUCCGCUCAGUGUCGUCUUCAGUUACAGGUUGUAACAGACGAGUGUGGGAAACUCCGUCGAGAGGUUCAGGAGCUUCGGAGGUUAAUGGCACAGACUCCCUCCAGCUCAACUCAGUCUCUGUCCUCUACUCAGUCUAUGUCUCAGAGACAUGAUUCCUCAAGCAGGGGGAAUUAUGUUUUCUCCAAGGCUGUCCUUGUUUCUCAGCCUGGUGGGUGUCGUGUUUUGUCUUACUGUGAGCCCCUCAGUUGCCUGUUGGCUUCUCAACCCUCCCCUCAUGCCUCUUUGGUCCCUGGCUUUGGAGUGAAAAAAAUCAGCACUGUGAAUCUCAAAGCCAGUCAUUACGUUCCCAUCCACAUUAAACAGAUCAGAGGCCUUUCCUUCAACAGACAGCAAGAUGGCCUCAUGCUUUCUGCUGCCUUUGAUAAUACUAUCAAGCUCACCAGCUUGUUUACCAACACUGUGGUACAGACCUACAACACUGGGAAACCUGUGUGGAGCUGCUGUUGGUGCCAUGACAACAACAACUACGUUUAUGCUGGUCUGAGCAAUGGUUCAGUGCGGGUGUAUGACACACGGGACACGAGCACUCACGUGCAAGAGCUCGCACCUCUUCGUUCCAGUUGUCCAGUCGUGUCCCUGUCCUACCUCCCCCGUGCCGCCUCCAGUUUGUUCCCCUGUGGUGGCCUCAUUGCUGGCUCGCUUGAGGGGGGAUGUUUCUGGGAACAGGUGGAGGGAACCACGUAUCGACAGCACAUUCUGCCUUUAGAGUCUGGAGGCUGUACAGACAUUCAGGUGGAACCUGAGAGCAGACAUUGUCUGGUCACCUACAGACCAGGUCGUACCAACCCAUCUUUGCGUUGUGUUCUGAUGGAGCUUAACCGAAGCGCUCAUCAAGAUGCUGCCCAGGUUCCUGUCUGCUCCUGUUCUCCUGUCCAGACCUUCAUUGCUGGCUCAUCUUCCAAGUUGCUCACAAAGAACGCCGUGUUCAAAAGUCCUGCUACUGACUCUACUCUAGUGUGUGCAGGAGACGAGGGCUCUAAUUCUACCAUGGUGUGGGAUGCUAGCAGUGGAGCCUUGCUUCAGAAACUUCCUGCAGAUAUACCAGUCAUGGACAUCUGCCCUUUUGAGACAAAUCAGGAACAUUACCUGGCUUCUCUAACUGAGAAGAUGAUUAAGAUCUAUAAAUGGGAGCAGAGUGGCCCAGAAAGAGCGAGUUUCUGAUGGUAGCUCCUUUGGUGGUUGUUGGCCAUUGUGAGGAUGUGGUCUGUUUUACUCUGGACAUGACGUUUCAUUGAAAUCAGGUGAAUAUCUUCUAAGCCUAUUUUCUAUUGUGAUAAAGGCAGGACAUGUGACUGUUCAAUUUGCAUUCCUAAAAAUGACCGUGUUGUGAUUUUACCAUAAAUGGUCGACUACAAUUUUGCACCGAAUUCAUAAACUGGGGAAAAAAGGCAUUGGUAGAGAUUUAUAUGGCUUGUCUGUUGUACUUAAAAUAUACAUUUAGUAACUUUCAUAUGGUUUUUAAAUUCUUUUUCAUGGUCGUAUUUUGUCGCAUACUCUUGUUCCACUGGUCAAGUUUCAACAUGAUGCAUCGUUUAAGAGUGCACCAAAUACAUGCCUUUGCCUUUCCUGUGAGAAUUUGUAUGUGGUGGAAAAUGUGUAUAUAAAAGGUUGUUGUUUUGUUUGUUUUUUUUUACUGUUCUGUGACCUGUAAUUCUUAAUAAAUGUACAUUAACAUUU